AUGUCAGCAUCACCUCUCACCCCCGUAGCACCACCACAUGCUGCCACCGCCACCACCACUGCCGUGGCUCCUCUCAGGACCACCAACAGAAACUGGUGGCUGAGAAUGGCGGCACACACGCUCUGUGUUCUCUUCGGCCAAACCGUUGCUACCCUGCUCGGAAGACUUUACUACAACAAAGGAGGAAAAAGUGUUUGGUUAACAUCACUAGUCGAAACUGUGGGUUUCCCGAUUCUAAUCCCUUUCUAUCUUCACUUCAAACCAUUAACAUAUCGUCAAUCGACAGAAAACGAUAGAAUUAGGACGAACCCGCCUUCUGUUUUCAUUCUUUUAGCGAUCUAUGUUUCUUUAGGAGCACUUCAAUCCCUCACCGGAAUCUUGUAUUCCGUCGGACUAUUCUACCUUCCAUUAUCGACUUUUUCGCUCAUCAGCACCAUGCAGCUCGCUUUCAAUGCUUUCUUUGCUUUCUUUCUAAACGCCCAGAAGUUAACACCAUUGAUCGUUAACUCGUUAGUUCUUCUCACCAUUUCUACGGUUUUACUGGUUCUCCAAAGCGAUUCCGAAGGAAAUCAAGUGGGUGUUUCACGAAAAAGACACCUAAAACUGGGAUUCGUUUCAACGGUUAUCGCAUCUGCACUUUAUUCGUUGGGUCUUUCUUUAACGCAACUAUCAUUUCAGAAAGUACUAAAAGGAGAAACUUUCAAUAUGGUUUUGAAUAUGAUCAUCUACCAGUCGUUAGUCGCGUCUAUCGUCACGAUUCUGGCGCUAUUCAUUAGCGGCCAAUGGAACGAUUUGGGGAAAGAAAUGGCGAGUUUUGAACUAGGGAAGAUAAUGUACUUGAUCAUCAUGAUCUGCAUUGCGGUCGCAUGGCAGAUUGCAACCAUCGGUGGUGUCGGCUUGAUCUUUGAAGUAUCGUCACUUUUCUCGAAUGUGAUCAGUACUUUGGCGUUGCCGAUAAUCCCAAUUCUAGCGAUUAUAAUCUUCCAUGAAAAGAUGAACGGGAUGAAGGUGGUCGCCACCGUGCUGGCGAUUUGGGGGUUUGCUUCAUAUGUGUAUCAACAUUAUCUCGAUGAAUCCCAGCCCACGAUCAGAAGCGAAGUUGCCGAUGAGGUGUCCGAAACAUAA